ACAGUUUGGGCUUCUCCAGUGGAACCGCUGUGCACCUAUACAGCGUAAAAGCUCAUUUAGAUACUUCGUUGCAUUUUACGACUAUAAUACUUACCGGACUUUCUUUCGACUCUUGGUAUCAUGGCUGACGACGACGAGGUUCCGCAGCCGGUGUGGGAGGGACCAUUUGACGAGGAUGGAAAGCCCAACGGCCAGGGCAAGAUGCAAUAUCCUCCGCCGCCGAUGGCUGAUGAUGAUGAAGAGGAGAAGCCUGGUGACACCUUUGAGGGCACCAUGUCCCACGGCAUUCGGCAAGGGAAAGGGACGUAUACAUGGUCGAACGGAGCUAUAUACGUUGGAGAAUAUGUUGACAAUAAAAAGCACGGGAAAGGGAAAAUGACUUUCCCUGAUAAGGGUGUCUAUGAUGGCGACUGGGUGCAGGACGUGAUGCAGGGCUUCGGCACCUUCACCUACCCCAACGGGGACGUGUACCAGGGCGACUUCCAGGGCGGCAAGCGGCACGGCAAGGGCAUGUACCACUACAAGGCGCCCUGCUGCCAGCUGGUGGGCGACUGGGCGGACGGGCAGUUCACGUACGGGCGCUGGGUGUUCCGAGACGGCUCCAUGUACAUGGGCAGCUUCGGGGAGACCAGCCGGCCCGCGGCGGGCUCCUUCUACUACAGCAGCAGCAGCCUUGUGCAGGAGGGUCACUUCACCAAGGAGGGAGCGUGGGUGGGGCACCGAGACCCGGCUAUUGGCAAGGAGUUCAUGGUGGCCUAACCCGCAAGGAAUAUUCCACAGUGACGCGACUUCGAGGUUCUUGACGAUAGUCAAUGUACAUAAUUAGAUACAGCGUGUUGGACAUGCUAUUAGCUAUGCAGUGAACGUCACAAUGCGAUGGCUGGGAUGGCCAACUAACUGCGCCUUCGUUCUCGCGACGCAAUAAUAGUUUAGUGUAUGUCGUUUUGUGUGAUCCUUAUGAUCAGUCUAGGUUUGAGGGUCGGUACGGUUGAGCUGUGAGGGCCGAGUCGUCGUGGUUGAUGCUUGCGCGCUUGGGGAUGCGUAAUACGCAGAUGCCUCCAACAAACGCGACAUAGGUAUAUUUUGUCUCAUCGUUUGCCGUAGCCUAUAUGGACUAGCAUAUGAAUCUGUAAAGUAUGAG